UCCCGGGCCGAGAUGUUGGGAGGCGCCAUCGUUGGGAAGGACCUGCUGUUGCUAUUUCCAUCCCGUGAAUAUGAAUGAUCUCUAAGCACACAGUGUAUCAGAAUGCAGAUCUCGCAGUGAUGUGAGUUCUGUGCCUUAUGUUUGAUGUCUGCUCCAAUCUGGAAUAGAACAAAGUAUUCCUGCAUGAAAGUAACGGAAACAGGGAUGGCAACAUCAGCUGAAGGCUGAAAAUGGAAGAAACUGAACCUGAUGAAGUGGAUAAACUGAAGGCGAAGUUUAUGUCAGCAUGGCACAAUAUGAAGUACAGCUGGGUUGUGAGAACCAAAACAAAUUUUAGCAGAAAUUCGCCUGUGUUUUUGCUGGGAAAAUGCUAUCAUUUCAAGUCAGAGGGAGUGCUUGAAAGUGCAUCAGGUUGCAGAGAUGCAGCUACAAACUCAGAAAUGGUUUUGUGUAAUGUGAAUCAAUUCCGUAAAGACUUCAUCACUAGAAUCUGGCUAACGUAUCGCCGUGAGUUCCCGCAAUUAAAAGGGUGUACACUUACAACAGACUGUGGCUGGGGCUGCACACUGAGAUCUGGUCAAAUGCUGUUGGCCCAAAGCCUUCUGCUCCAUUUUCUUGGACGAGAUUGGCUCUGGCCAGAUGCACUUCAAAUGGUUGCCUUAGAAACUGAGCUAUUCAAAGUGAAGCCGCCAACAAUGAAUGAUGUUGUUGCAGAUUUUACCUUCCUGCCACCUUUAGAAAGUCCACUACAGGAUAUGAGUGAACAGCUGGGCUUUUCAAGUAAUGAGAAACAAACGCUAAAGUUAAAUCCUGGUAAUACAGCAAAUGAGGAUGAGAAGUUCCAUCGGAAAAUAAUUUCCUGGUUAGCAGACAUCCCAGCAGCUACCUUUGGAAUGCAUAAACUGAUAGAGUUGGGAGAACAUUCUGGCAAGCGAGCUGGGGAUUGGUAUGGCCCAGCUGUUGUCGCCCACAUUUUAAGGAGAGCAGUGGAAGAUGCAGUGGAGCCCGAGCUGCAAGGAAUAACAGUUUAUGUUGCUCAGGACUGUACAGUUUAUAUUGCUGAUGUAAUAGAAAAACAUUUACAAGUUACUGGAUCAGGAGUACCAAAGUCAUCAGACAGGACAGCUGUUGUUAUCCUAAUACCAGUGAGACUUGGAGGGGAAAAGGUCAACCUUGAGUACAAAGAGAUUGUAAAGGGGAUCUUGAGUCUUGAGUUCUGCGUUGGAAUUAUUGGUGGAAAGCCAAAACAAUCUUUCUAUUUUGUGGGAUUUCAAGAUGACAGUUUGAUUUACAUGGAUCCUCAUUACUGUCAGUCAUUUGUGGAUGUCACAACGAAGGAUUUCCCGCUUGAGUCAUAUCACUGUCCUUCUCCAAAAAAGAUGCCAUUUAGUAAGAUGGAUCCCAGCUGCACAAUAGGGUUUUACUCACACAGUGAAGCUGAUUUUGGAAAAAUAAUUGAUGAAGUAACAAAGAUCCUUGAAUCCCUCAUGGCUGCCUUUUCUAUCCCUCUUGUAACUUGAGAACAUUACUUUUUAGCAUCAGAUGCUUCUGGCAUUUGAAAAAUAUGGGGCUCCUUUUCAUAAUGUAGCCCUACUUUGAUGUAUUGUUACCAUCUACAGUUAUUUUGCUCCAGUUAUUGUGCAGAUGUGAUAGUACAGUGAUAUUUCACAGCACAAAAAUGCCAAAUAGGCAUUGCAAUAUUGAAAAUUUCAUGAGAAAUUUAGUUUGCUGUCAACAGGGAGAUAACCUGAAAAAGGUGGCCUUACAAUCCGUAAAGUACAUCGAAUGCUCAGGCCAAUGGUUUAAUAAUUGAGAUCCAGAAAUACCCAGGUGAUCUUUUGAUAUGUGACAUCAAAGAGGAGCAGUGACUGCCAACUUACUUCAGUUACUUGUCGUUUCAUCAGAGGUCAAUGAAUAACACUGUGCACCUGAAUACAUAUGUAUGAAUAUCUUCUGCCAAUGAGCAGUGAGCAGAUGUAACCCACCGUCUGCUUGCAAUAUUGUUAAACUACAAGCAUUUGAGAACACAGUGGCUUAGUUUGUAGUGACAAUACCUGGUGUGAUAGACAGCCCUGGAAGUUCCCAGGUUUGGCCAUUGCUAAAUUGAAUGAUUUGAGUUUGGUCAGUGGUAAAGUGUUACAGUUGGCUUUGUGCAGAUAGUGAAAUAUUAGCUAAGUUUUCUGCUCUGAAACAUUAACUCAAAACUGCUAUUCUAAAUUAGAAUCUGAAUUCUGAGAAAUUAAUGUGUAUAUAACUGGAGCCAGAACUUUUAAUGAUGUUGGUUGUCAUUUCAUUAGGAUCAAAAACAGUUGGUUUUCAUUUCAUUAGGAUCAAAAACAGGAUAGGAGUCUGCAUGAAUGAUGUUGAACCCUGAACAGCAUGUUACUCGAAGUGGCCAAUUAAAAAACCGGUGCUGGUCACCAGAGCUGCUGACUCGAGAAACAUUGAUAGAGUUGGCGCCUGCUGAGGCUGUGGGAAGAAGGCACAGUACUUUUUCUAGUUUAAUUUGCCAGGGCCAGGAUGGCGAAUCCCUCCCACUCCAAGUAAUCCUUGUUCUUCUUUCUCUGCCAUGACUGUUACUAUUGAAGCAUGAUCUCAGAUAGGUAGUAUUAGCAGGCUGCAAGGCCAGAUCUGAUCCCUUGCAUACCCACUUAAACUUUAUCAGGAACCACAGUAAUGGCCAUUGUUGCCAGAGGGUGCUCCGUUGCCCAUUGCCUUUAAAGAUGGCCAUGCUCUUCCAAUGGAACCUGUUAGGGAGCUGCCAGGACUUGUUUAGCAUCGCCCCAUGUAUGGAGAUGGUCGUGACACCAGUUAAAUAGUUGCAGGGUCAUGUUAGUCUGUUAAUUUUGCAGGCCCUUGGUUAUUGGAUGACCAUGUCACUACCAUUCUUAUAAUGCCUUCUACUUCCAUUUUAUCACCCAUAUUGCUUCCUAGCAUGUCUUCAAAGAGCUGUUAAAAUCCAGCCAACAGUGUGCAAAGGCUAGAUUUGGCUACUGUAACCUAGCGAUACUCACUAAGGAAAGUCCUGCUUGGACAAUUAUAGUUUCAUAGAGGUAUUAGAAUACAGCUGUUUUGGAGUUGGAUGAAAUGUCAAAGUCAGAAGUUUAAGAAAAAUCAAUUUGUAGAAAUGAACUGUGAUCUGAUAACGUUAAACA